GCCAGGACAUUUUGUUGAAAGUGCAGCGAGGGGACAACUCCCAGAGUGACAGGAGAGGAGCAUCCUAGCUAUGGAACGCUAAUUCUCAAUGCCAGCCUGCUGCUCUCAGGGGAGACAGGGUGUUAAUGACUACAGAGGGGUCCCGUUACAAAACAGAUAUCUGUACGAGGAAUGCCAAAAUUAAGAGUCGAAAGCGCAAGAGCAGGAGCAAUGCUGAGGAAGAGUUUGGUGCCCAUAGGUGCACUUGGGUCUUUCUUCAACUUGGGUCUGGACUUGGGCUUCACCUGCGAGGUGAGCAUGGAGAUCACGCUGCCUCUGUCCUCUCCGUCGCUAUGAAUUCAGCUGCUCCCUCCAUGGGUUUCAGCUAACAGGCUGUGGCCAUCAGCGCUCCUUAUCCAGGCUUAUGAGGAUAGCAGGGCACAAGCAACCAGAUGUCACACGGAUUUAGGGGGAAUCAAGACGAGGGUUAUUUGGCAUGCAAUAAAUGGGAUGAAAAUAUCAGAACCCAGAAGAUAUCGGGCUUCUUGAAAUGGUUUGGAAAGCAUUCUUCUCUUUGGAUUACCAUUCCUGCUCAUUCCCGCCUGAUGCCCGAGGCUGUGGAAGCAGCUUGAGAAAUCCACCAGGGCCCGGAGUAAAUUGCUUGUUCGCUGGCAUUUGAUAAACAGAUCAGUUAAUCCUGCACAGACUGCUAAAAGUGGAAAUAGCUACAUCGCAGGAAGACAGAAGCAGCGAGCUGGAUCCCAACACAAAAGCUGAAGCACAUGAAUAAGAUUUUAUUGCCAGGGUACAAUAUCUGGAGACCUGCUAGAAAUGCAGCAUUAGCAAUCUGAUAGUUCCAUGUGGGGCUGCGGCAGACUGAAACUGAACCAAUCUGGUCGAGGAUCAAAGGCUAGUCGGGCUAUAUUUCAGAAAGCAAACAAAAGGAGGAACAUGUUUGCCUUCAGCCUGCAAAGACCCAUUAUCAUCCACAGAGCUGCUGGUGUUGUCGGCGCAUCGGGAUUCUCAAGGCUCACACUGGUAGCUGGGAGCCACUCUUUCUGAACUCUCACAAGUCUGCGAGCUGCGCAGAGCAGGAGCUCCCUACUCAGUGUCCUUAAGCAAAAAUAGCUGUGGGUUCCUAAGUGAGCAGCAGCUAUCUAAUCACGGCUGAAUUUAACGCUGUGGCAACAAGUGAGCUGACAAAGUGUUUGAAGAGGGAGACAAGGCGCCCUGUUUUACUGCGCUGCCGGAUUACUCCAGAUCGAGCAGGAGAGAUUUAGAAAGGUAGUCAACGUGGACUUUGAGGAGGCUCUAAUCCAUCUGCAGGAAGCAAGACCUUACCUGCUUGGGGGUCUGUCCCAGAAUAACCUCUUUUGUCUACCGGCUGAACUCUGAGGAAACUGGGCUGUCCUCGAGGCUGAAAGAACCCUUAUUGACUGACUGCAGGCCAGAGGAAUAAAAAGCUGUUGGCCUCCCCAUCUGUGCAGAUAGAGGUGAGCUCACUGGGAGCUUCAACAGAAAGAACCGGCAAGGAGAGCCCUGCCGCCGGCCCCUGAGUCUGUGUCUCUGUGUUUCUUCACUCACCUGAGGACUGUCCGGCUGCGAUCCUGCACGUCACAGAAACAGUGCUGUGCUGCCUGCUCCUGCGAUCAUGCUUCACAGAUUCAGCCUCCAUGUGCUGCUCUUGAGCGUCUGGCUGCUGACUCCGAGAUGUGCCGGGCAAGACGGGGACUGCGAAUCCCACUGCAACCUGGGGCACGGGCGCUGUGACGGCGCUGGAACCUGCAGGUGUGACCCUGGCUGGGAGGGCCCUCAGUGCGAGGACUGUGUGAAGAUGCCAGGCUGUGUGCACGGCUCCUGCCACCAGCCCUGGCAGUGCACCUGCGAGAGCGGAUGGGCGGGGCGCUUCUGCGAUAAAGACAUCUACGUGUGCAGCAAUCAGCUCCCCUGCCUGAACGGAGCCACCUGCAUUGCCAACGAGGACGCGGAGUACACCUGCUUCUGCCCAGAGGGCUUCCACGGCCGCCACUGCCAGCUGAAGAUCGGGCCCUGCGAGAGGACCAGGUCGCCCUGCAAGAACGGGGGGACGUGCCUGGACGACAGCGGGCACGCCGCCGAGUUCUCCUGCCGCUGCCUGGCCGGCUUCGCGGGCCCCCGCUGCGAGGUGGACGUCGACGACUGCCUGAUGCGCCCCUGCGCCAACGGCGCCACCUGCCGCGACGGCCUCAACCGCUUCACCUGCGAGUGCCCGGCGGGCUUCGAGGGGCGCUUCUGCACCGUCAACAUCGACGACUGCGCCGGCGGCCCCUGCCUCAACGGGGGGCGCUGCUACGACCGCGUCAACACCUUCGACUGCCUCUGCCCGCGCGGCUACACUGGCAAGGCGUGCGGCGUCCAGCUCCGGAGGCCGAGCCCCGAGGUCCGGACCGGAGCGCCACACUGGACCUCGGAGACCCGGGCGGGGGGCCACCCGUGGGUCACCCAGGCCCGUCCGGACCGCACCGCCCUGGGCCCGCGCAGGAACGCCUCGCCCGCUGGCGGCUGGACCACGGCGGGCGGCGGCGGCGGCGGCGAGCGCCUGCUGAAGAUCUCGGUGAAGGAGGUGGCGACCCGCCCGGGCUCGGGCCUGACGGAGGUGCAGCUCAUCGUGCUGCUCGUGUUCGGCGCCAUGACGCUGGCCGUGGUGGGCCUGACCGCCGCCCUCGUGCUCAGGAGCCGCUGGCAGCGGCGCGGCGACCGGGCCCGCUGUGCCCCCCGGCGCUGCCAGCCCACCCUCACCCCCGCGGAGGAGGAGAGCAAGGUCAGUAUCCUGCACGCCCCGGCCCCCAAGCCCAAGAAGAAACUCAACACGGAGGUCAUUUAACCCCGUGGGCCCCCUCAAAACUCUGAGGUCCCGUGAGACGGGGUGGGCGUGGGGUCACAGCCCCCCGCGCACCACAAGAGCAGACUCCUCAUGGGAGGCGCAGGAGGAGACGCCCACGGCUCCCGGAAGAUGGAUCUUCAAAUAUUUUAACAUGUUGCUGGCCGGCUGUUUAUGUGCGAAAGGAUUUUGAAACAUGAGCUUUGCUUUGUUUAAAAUUCCCCAAAAGCGAGUCAAAGUGAAGUGUGUCGUAAGUUUCUAGAAAAUACCGAACACGACUGCAGCCUCAGUCUCUCUGAAUUAGUUGCCAGUAUUAUAAUGUGCUGCGAUUGCAGACCAAGCUGGGCGGGCAGAUUGCCUAAAGUUUGAAUGAGAUGAAACCUCAGGACCAUGUUGCUAAUCUCUGCUGUCUUUUUUACAUGCACAGGAGAGUAAAAACACAGCUGAAAUGUCUGUCAUCAGCAUUUGCGUUUUAAUUGGAGCUCAGAAGUACAAAUUUCGGAUGCAGUCUCUAACACACACCUUAGAUCACACAGUGUUUGACAUUGAAAAACCCUAAAGAACAUCUUUUUGUACAGCUAUUUAAAAAAAAAACAAUAGGUUUAUUCCAUGCUGAA